CAGUAUUUCACCUAUUGUGUCGGUGGAAAUAUCAAUGCAAUGCAGUUUAGAGUUAAAAGAAAACUACCCCUAAACCCAAAAGCAUUUCUCUGAGAAAGGUGCCAUUUUUUUUUUGUUUUUCUCAAUCUCAACCAUGGAAACACAGAAGACGGUGAUGGGUUUGAUUCUUUUGCUUUUUGUUUUGGGUGUGAGUGCUUGGACUGGUGAAAUCCAUGGAAGAGUUGUUUGUGAUGUUUGUGGAGAUUCUUCUCUUGGACCUGAAGAUCAUGUGGUUGAAGGUGCUGAGGUUGUUGUUCUUUGCAUUACCAGGUCUGGAGAAGUUCUAAACUAUCAGGCAUUCACAGAUGCCAAGGGGAUAUACACAGUGGCCGAGACAAUGCCGGAGAGUGAUCGUUGGGACGCGUGUCUAGCUCGACCGAUCAGUAGUUUCCAUGAACAAUGCACUCAACUUGGUGAGGGCAACUUGGGAGUCAAAUUCAGCUACAAUCACCCAUCAGGAUAUUCACACAAUGUCAGGACCUUUGUGUAUCGAUCCACCAAAGUUCCAACUUACUGCAUAUGAUAUAUGUAUGGUCUUGCUCUGAAUCUAUGAGUGCUUGUGCUUUGGUUGAACUAGUUCAAAACUGAUGAUCAUAUGAACAUAUUCUUUUUAUACUAUACAUGUAGGUGAAGUUGUGUUCCA